AUGCCUCGGGAUCCAUUGAUCGGACUGGUGGGCAAGCCAUCAAGUGGUAAAUCCACGACCUUGAAUAGUUUGACCGAUGCGACAUCCAAAGUCGGUAACUUUCCCUUUACCACCAUUGAUCCCCAGCGAGCUAUCGGAUACCUUCAAAUCGAAUGCGCUUGUCUGCGACAUGGCGUCUCAGAUAGAUGUGCGCCGAACUACGGUGGCUGUCACGAGGGUCGGCGCUCCGUCCCCAUUGAGUUACUAGAUGUAGCUGGACUUGUCCCAGGCGCACACCAGGGCCGGGGAUUGGGAAAUAAGUUCUUGGAUGAUUUGCGACAUGCGGAUGCCUUAAUUCACGUGGUGGAUGUGAGUGGUACUACUGAUGCCGAGGGGAAGGCAACGCGCGGAUACGAUCCCUCGGUGGACAUUGAGUGGCUCCGAGGUGAGAUUGUACGGUGGGUGCUGGGCAAUUUGAUGGAGAAAUGGGGCUCGAUCAGACGGAGACAUGUCGCAAUUAAGGGUAACCCCGUCGACACAUUACAAGGCCAAUUCUCAGGAUACGGCAGUACCUCAUCAAUUGUGGCACGGUGCCUUGACAAGCUUAACUUGAAAGAGCCUCUUGAGCAAUGGUCAGAUGAGACCGUCCAGGUUGUGGUUGAGGCUUUCAUUGAUGAAAAGUUCCCCACGGUGUUCGCACUGAACAAGAUCGACCACCCAGAUGCGGAUAAAAAUGUUAGCAAGAUUGCUAAGAUGCAAGAUCCCCAAAGCAUUGUACUUUGCUCCGCCAUAUCAGAAGUCUUCCUCCGGCGACUUGCCAAACAGGAGUACAUCAAGUAUGUUGAAGGCAGUGAGUUUGUGGAUACACGGGAAGACUUGAUUGAAAUGGGUGACCCGGAUGGAGGAGGAUUGAAGGAGAUGGACGAGAAGUUAAAGAGCCGCGUGGAAAACUUGAAAGACAUGGUGCUAUACCGCUUUGGAUCAACAGGUGUGGUUCAAUGUCUUUCUCGAGCGGCGGCGUUGCUCGGUCUGGUGCCCAUUUUCCCUGUACGAAAUGUCGCAACUUUCGGCUCGGGGAAUGGAAGCGCAGUUUUCCGCGAUUGCGUGUUGGUCAAGAAAAACAGUACAGUGGGAGAUGUCGCCCGAAAAGUCAUGGGCGAUGUACCUAUUUCCUACAUUGAGGGAAUUGGAGGCACUCGAGUGUCCGAGGAUGACAUGGUAGCAGUUGGCAAAAACGAUAUCUUGACAUUCAAAGUCGGCCGGUAA